AAAUUGCUUGGUCGACCUAUUUUAUUCUAUUUUUCUUUUGCAGUAUCGAACCCGUCCUUCGUUUUUAUAUAGUUCGAUUCUUCUGCCUUCUAUGUAGAACCCGUGAUCCAAAUGUUCCAGCACCUAACUUUUAGUACAUUGUUUUGUCUGGGCAUUUUCGGGCAGAAAAGGCUAGCGAUUUUAAUAAUAAGAAAUAACAGCAAUGGAGUGAUAGCAUCAAUAGCAUUGGCAGAGACAUGAUUCCCCCCACUUGGCCUCUGUUUUGGCACCGUAUAGCUGCUUCCAAACGUAGAAAAACAAGCUCAAGUCCAGCAUCCCCUGAGGGAAAAGAUGAGCUCGGUUUGCAUAUCGAACUGCAUCAACGACGCACGUGACCCGCGUGUUCCCGUGAGGGCCACGUACGUGAACCUGUACAAGUGGCCGGAAUCGGAUGCUGAGUUUGUGAGGUCGGUGAGUUGCAACAGAGAAAAGGGUUCGCAAAUGUACGGUCACCCGAGGGUGGUGGAUAGUAUCUCCUGCAGGCAGAUGUACCUUAGAAGCUACACCUUCUCAAGGGAAGAAGACAACGUGCCAGACAAAGCCCACAAAUGUUUUGCCAUGAAGAAGAAACAUGGCAACAACAACAACAAAAACAACCAACCUCAGCCUCGGAAAACCAAGUGCAUGGUUUGGAGUAAGACUAAGGAGAUCUCCUCUAGGAUUUUCCGAAGCCUCUUGUCCUGCUCUGCUAGUCUAGACGUUGUCCACCAAAAAUAUUGAUUUUUAAUUAAUCAAGGUUUGAAUUUUUUUUUAUUUUAUAUAUAUAUACAUAUAUAUAUAUAUUCUAUUCUUCCUAUUUAUGAUCCAGAGAGAAGAAUUUAUUGGGUACUACCACUUUGGUUUCUUUUGUUCACUUUUGUAUUAGAGUGUGUGGAAUGUGAAUGUAAGGGCUGUGGAGGAUGUUAAUUCUCGCAGCUUUGGUGUAAAAAUUUUGUGACUUAAUAGAGAAAAAGGUUAAGUCAA